ACAAUCCAAAAAACAUUACAAUCGAAAAAUGAAAUUUUUUUUUGUGUGUUUGAAACAUUUGAAUCAAGAUUUUGAAAGAAAUUCUUCAACUGAACACUGAUCACACUGAAAUCGAUCGUUUGUUGCAAGUUGUUGUUGUCCUUCAUCCAAAUGAAAUAGACAAAAAAAAUUUUCUGUUUGCUUGUUUUAAUUUGUUUGCUUCUAAAUAACCCCAUUGAUAACUUGAAAUUUUAAAAUUUUGAAAUUUUUGAAUAUAAAAACUUUGAUAAAUUUUCAACAAAACAAUAUUUUCAUUAACUUGAAUAUUCAACAAGUGUCUGUUUCGAUCAAUCAAUCAAUCAACAAAAUUCAACAAAAUCAACAAAAUUAAAAUCCGCCGAUCGAUCAAUCAAUCAAAAUUUUAUUAAUCAAGAAUUCAAUCAAAUCAAUCAACGAGAAAAAAUGUCCCAACAAGAAACACAAUUAAAAAAAUUAAUAAAAGAUUCAAUGAAAAUGAUUGAAGAAACUGAAUUUGAAACCUGUUCACAAUGGAUUGAUCGUGAAAUUAACCGAGCACGAAAACAACAAGAACAAAUUGAACGUUUACAAAAUCAUCCAUCCAUUACUGCUCGGUUAUUCAAUGAAUCACGUGAUUGUUGUGAUCAAAUUCAUUCGUAUAUUGAACGUUUACGUUUUUUUCGUUUGAAUAAAAGUAAACAAGGUAGACAAAUUCUUAUUGAAACUACUGAUGAUAUUAAACGUACAGGAAUGUUUAAUAAUGCUGCAUAUGAUAUUGAAUAUAAAAGUCCCUUCUAGGGGGGGAAAUGGAAAAUCGCAAUCAAAAAAUCGCAAUCGCAAAUGGAUCAACAUGUAAUGUU